UUUUUUUCCGUUUUUGAUAUGCUCCAAAGGUUUCUUCCUGUUUAUGAAAGUGUAUGUUUUAAUAGGGGUGGGGUGGCUUUCCGAGCAAACCGAGAGAGAACUGAGGUCACUCUUCUCCCAUCGCCACACACGUGCAGUAUACUGAUUUUACUUGAUUUUUUGGGGGUUUUCACAGCUCACGGAACCAGAUAAAAGACAUGGCCAUCCAACAGCAGCCAGGACAGGUGGUGACAGUGAUGACCACUGCCCAGGGCCCUGGGACGUGGAGCACCGGUCUGUGCGAUUGCUGCAGUGAUAUGGGCACCUGCUGCUGUGCUCUUUUCUGCUUCCCCUGCAUGCAGUGUCAGACAGCUUCAGACCAUGGUUGGUGCUGCGCCAUGCCGCUGCUGGACGUCUGCUGCGUGGUGUCCUGCCUACUCCGCUCCUCCAUCAGGGAGCGCCACAACAUCCCUGGCUCGUGCUGUGACGACUGCUGCAAGAUACUCUGGUGUUACACUUGUGUGUGGUGCCAGAUGAAUCGUGAGCUGAAGAUCAGGAAUAACCAACCCGGCGGCACGUCAGUGAUCACCACACAGGUCCUUCAGGGAUAAUAGGCGGCUGUUUUGGUUAUAUAGGCUGAGGGCACACAACCUGUUUGCUAAAUAUCAUAGAAUCUACUUGUAUUUUUUCUUUAUGUUCUAUUGAUUUAAAAGGUUAGUUCCGUUAGUAGUGUGAUCAGACUGAAAUGUAGUCUGAAAAAUAUUCUCACCACCAACUUUGAGCAGUUAUCAUUUAUCAUUUUUGCGUUUUAUAGUAGUCACCUGCCUAGAUUUAGCUCUAUCUUUAGAAAUAACCCAGCUGUGCAAGAUUAGAUUAAGCAAAUAUUAACAUGUUGGAUUAUAAUUCAAUAAAAUGUUGAGUCAAGUUUA